CGCCGCCUCCUCCACCUCCUCCUCGGGGCCAUUAAAGCCAAUGAGCCGCGCGCCUCUGCCCAGCGCAGCCAACUAAAUCGGUUUGGAUGAUUCGCGACCUGAGCAAGAUGUACCCGCAGACCAGACACCCGGCACCGCAUCAGCCUGCUCAACCCUUUAAAUUUACAAUUUCCGAGUCCUGUGAUCGGAUUAAGGAAGAGUUUCAGUUUUUACAGGCUCAAUACCACAGCCUGAAGCUGGAAUGUGAGAAACUCGCCAGUGAGAAGACAGAGAUGCAGCGGCAUUAUGUCAUGUAUUAUGAGAUGUCCUAUGGGUUGAAUAUAGAAAUGCACAAGCAGGCAGAGAUUGUCAAGAGGCUGAAUGCGAUCUGUGCACAAGUCAUUCCCUUCCUGUCCCAAGAGCACCAGCAACAAGUGGUGCAGGCUGUGGAACGGGCCAAGCAGGUGACCAUGGCCGAACUGAACGCCAUCAUUGGGCAACAACUCCAGGCCCAGCAUUUAUCACAUGGACAUGGUCUGCCGGUGCCUCUGACCCCACACCCUUCGGGGCUUCAGCCCCCUGCCAUUCCACCCAUUGGGAGCAGCGCCGGCCUUCUGGCCCUCUCUAGUGCCCUGGGAGGCCAGUCCCACCUGCCAAUUAAAGAUGAGAAGAAGCACCAUGACAAUGAUCACCAAAGAGACAGAGACUCCAUCAAGAGCUCUUCGGUAUCCCCGUCAGCCAGUUUCCGAGGUGCCGAGAAGCACAGAAACUCCACAGACUACUCCUCUGAUAGCAAAAAGCAGAAAACUGAAGAAAAGGAAAUUGCAGCUCGUUAUAAUGAAAAAUCUACUACUCCUGUUUCAAAGUCCAAUACCCCUACUCCACGAACCGAUGCACCCACUCCAGGCAGUAACUCCACUCCCGGAUUGAGGCCUGUGCCUGGAAAACCACCGGGAGUCGACCCCUUGGCCUCAAGCCUCAGGACCCCGAUGGCAGUCCCUUGUCCGUAUCCAACCCCAUUCGGGAUCGUGCCCCACGCCGGGAUGAACGGGGAGCUGGCCAGUCCCGGCGCCGCCUAUGCUGGGCUACACAACAUCUCUCCGCAGAUGAGCGCGGCCGCCGCCGCCGCCGCCGCGGCUGCCGCCUACGGGAGAUCGCCGGUGGUUGGAUUUGAUCCACACCAUCACAUGCGCGUGCCAGCCAUACCUCCAAACCUGACAGGCAUUCCAGGAGGAAAACCAGCAUACUCCUUCCACGUUACUGCAGACGGUCAGAUGCAGCCUGUCCCUUUCCCCCCCGACGCCCUCAUAGGACCUGGAAUCCCCCGGCACGCGCGCCAGAUCAACACCCUGAACCACGGGGAGGUGGUGUGCGCCGUGACCAUCAGCAACCCCACAAGACACGUGUACACGGGCGGGAAGGGCUGCGUCAAGGUCUGGGACAUCAGCCACCCCGGCAACAAGAGCCCCGUCUCUCAGCUCGACUGUCUGAACAGGGAUAACUACAUCCGUUCCUGCCGAUUGCUCCCUGACGGUCGCACCCUCAUCGUGGGAGGGGAGGCCAGUACUCUGUCCAUCUGGGACCUGGCGGCUCCCACCCCGCGCAUCAAGGCGGAGCUGACGUCCUCGGCCCCCGCGUGCUACGCCCUGGCCAUCAGCCCCGACUCCAAGGUCUGCUUCUCGUGCUGCAGUGACGGUAACAUCGCCGUCUGGGACCUGCACAACCAGACGCUGGUGAGGCAAUUCCAGGGCCACACAGACGGGGCCAGCUGUAUUGACAUUUCUAACGACGGCACCAAGCUCUGGACGGGCGGCCUGGACAACACGGUCAGGUCCUGGGACCUGCGCGAGGGGCGGCAGCUGCAGCAGCACGACUUUACCUCCCAGAUCUUUUCUCUGGGCUACUGCCCUACCGGAGAGUGGCUGGCCGUGGGGAUGGAGAACAGUAACGUGGAAGUGCUACACGUCACCAAGCCGGACAAAUACCAGCUGCAUCUCCACGAGAGCUGCGUCCUGUCGCUCAAGUUUGCCCAUUGCGGCAAAUGGUUUGUAAGCACUGGGAAGGACAACCUCCUGAAUGCCUGGAGAACACCUUAUGGGGCCAGUAUAUUCCAGUCCAAAGAAUCCUCAUCGGUGCUUAGCUGUGACAUCUCUGUGGAUGACAAAUACAUUGUCACUGGCUCUGGGGAUAAGAAGGCCACGGUUUAUGAAGUUAUUUAUUAAGGACAAAUCUUCAUGCAGACUGGACCCCUUCUCCUUGUAGCACUUUGUUCUAUCAUCCUCUUCCCCCUGCAUCUAAAACCAAGGAUUUCAAAUACUCAUUGCAGUUGUGGAGUUUAACCCCGUCUCUCACCCCCACUUCCUCCUUGCUAUUGAAUUGUGAAUACUCAUUAAGAACCUGUGAUACCAAAUCUUCAGCUCUCUACUUGGAAGAACAUGGAAUAACCAUACUUAACAGUGAUGGAAUCUUUAAUUAUGUAUUAUAGCUGUAAUAUAUUUAUUUUGUUUAAAGAAGGCUUUCUAACUUUGACUUAAUAAAGCUGUCUGCUCCUGCAUUGAUAAUGAAGAUGCGUUGUAUUUGAUACCCCUCCCCCCUUUUUUUGCAAAGGAGGGGAAAGGAAGGUUUAAAAUAAUUGAUGAAAAAUGUCACUAAAUGUAGACUAAGGACUGUAUAGAGAUGUGAAAUGUAUAAUUACAUAUGGAAGCAAUAUGUUGCUGUGUUAGAUUUUCUUUGUUUCUGUUUUCUAGUUAUUUUAAAUGUUUGGAAAUUUGAACAAUUAGAACAUGACAGGCCACGUCGUAUUCAUUUGAGUCUAUUUGGACAACUUUAACCAAUAUAUCUAUAGCUUUAGAUUCUAUUUGAUAAAAGUAAUUGGACUUUUUCUUUUUUUUCUUUUUUGACUUGUUGACAAGUGUCUUUGUAAUAAGUUUUUAAUUCCUUUUUUUUAUUGUAUUAUAGACAGAUGAACAAAUUAAAUUUGGCCUAAAGAGAGAACUUAAUCCCUUCUGGAUAUUUUUGCCACGUUUCUUUGCAAAGGGAGAUGUAUACCUUUGGGCAGUUUUGUCAUUACGAGAAAUUAUGGGCUAUUUUUUGGCAUGUUCUUUGGGAACUGCGCAGAUUCAGGGGAGGAGUCCUCCUGCUGUGCAAGUCAAGCCUUUUACAAAAUAAGGACAGCAGAGGAGAUUUGCAAGGACCUCCCUCUGAAAACCAGAAAGAAUGGACUCUCACCUGGGAUGAGGACUUGCUUUCUUUACCUCCGGUUCUUUCCCUGUCUUAGUUGGAUGUCCCCGAAAUGGACACAGGCUGUGCCUAUUGUGCCAGAAACAUUGUGUUACCUUUUAUGUUGUUGUUGUUGCUGUUCAACUAUGAUAUGUGACUCCUUUUUUUAUUAUUUUUUUUGUUUGAAUGCUUUAAAAAUCUUCUAAGUCUGUGGAUCUGCUGAUGUACAGUGCCUUUGCUGCUAUGGAUCAAAAUCAAGAGAACUGUGUAGAUAAACUUUAUUGUAUAAGUAGCAAAUUACUUAAUUUCAUACUAGAAAUGGAUGGAUGCUGCAAGUUGAAAUGGACUGUCCAUUGACGUUCCUAAUGUGGUAGCAGAAAAAAAAAAACGGUGUCUUAAGUGCUUAGUGUUUGAUGUCAUUAACAGUUUCGUAAAACUCUACAGUGUAGAAAGAUUUUGAUACUAAACUGUGCAUUGUACAUAGUUCUAAUGCAUCGUAUUGACCACCAGUACUUCUAUAAUGGUAGAUUGUUUGUGCAUUCAGACUUUUAAGCAUUAAACAUAAAUAACUUCUAGAA